GCGGGGAGGCGGAGGCUGAGGCGGGGCCGAGCUAGUCGGGGAUGCUUUGGCUUUGUGGCGUCUCCCGCCGGGUAGCAGGCCUAGCCUUUCGGCGGAGAGUUGUGGAAGUGUGCGUUUUUAUCUUUUUGGGCGGUCGUCGUUGUUUGUAAGAGAAAUGAAUAGAAAUAACCCAUUUUGAGGAAGCCAUGGCAAAAUCAAAAACAAAACACAGAACUUGUUCUCGUGAAUCUUCAGUAUCUUCUCUUCUAGCAAGCUGCAGCCUGAGUGGUACUAAUUCAUCUAAUUCUGAUGGUUCUUUUCAGUAUAAGGAUAAAUUAUACAGCUCUGCUUCUCAAGCUUUACAGGCCUAUAUUGAUGAUUAUGAUCUAAGCCGAAUAUAUCCUGGUGCCAGCACUGGAAAGAUUAACAUUGACAAGAGUUCUACUAGUAUGUCAAAAUUCUCCACGUAUAUUUAUAGAAACAAUGCUUUUGGAAAUCUUGGUCUCAAGAAGAGCUCAAACUCCUUGUCCUCACCCUAUAGAAAACAGACUCUUAAUGACAUAGACUCCAUUAGCCUAACUACUGAUGAUCUCUUAAAACUUCCAGCAGAUGGAUCAUUACCUUCCUCCACUUAUGUUGGACCAGGUCACCGAACUAACAGAAGAAACAAGAAAUGCUUUGGAAUGCUAGGUUCAUUGGACAUUGAAAAGAAUCCAAAUUUUCAAGAACCCUUCUUUUCCGUGCGCAAGGAUAACUUGGUUACUCCUCUUGUAUACGCAAAUAUAAAUGGAAAGCAACGUGUUCGACUAAAAAACCCAAAAAUUGUGAAUAAGAGUAAUAAGUGCGUUUCUGAACCAUCUUUACCUUUUUCUAAGAAGUCUUCUUCUAAGGACAGUUCAGAACACAAUCUUGAAAAGAAUUAUCCAAGAUGGCUUACUAGCCAGAAAUCUGACCUUAAUGUUUCAGGGAUAACUAGUAUACCUGAUUUCAAAUACCCAGUCUGGCUCCACAAUCAAGACUUGCUACCUGAUACAGAUAGUCAAAGGACUUAUAAAAUGCUUAAAGAAGAUCAGAGUUCCCCUAAACAUAGUUAUCAGGCACAAAGAACUUCUCGGCUUAUGAACAAGUUAGAUUGUUUCGAAUAUUCUUUUGCACCCUCAAACUUUUCAAAUUCCCUGCAUGAUGAUAAAGGAUUAGUUAAUGAGUACAAAUGUGAUUUUGAGUGUAGCCAAUGUCAAUAUGAGAAUCCACUUCUCCCAGGACAAUCCAAAAAACCAUUCAGUGAUGACAAAAUUGAAUUGCUUAUCCUGAAAGCCAAGAGAAAUCUAGAGCAUUCUACCGAAGAAUUACCGACCUCUAUGAAAAAUGAUGGCAGUCCUUGCUCAUUAGAUAAACUUGAAGCAGAAAGAUCAUGGGAAAAUAUUCCUGUUACUUUCAAAUCACCUGUUCCUGUUUACUCCGAUGAUAAUCCUCAACAAACCUCCAAGGCAAAAUAUGCUAAAGAGUUCCUUGAAGACUUCUUAAGUAACGAUAACCAGAGCUGUACCCUUUCUGGAGGCAAACACCAUGGUCCUGUUGAAGCCCUAAAACAAAUGUUAUUUAAUCUUCAAGCAGUACAAGAAAGUUUUAAUCAGAGUAAAACCACAGAGCCAACAGAAGGGAAUAAGCAAGUUUCAGAAGAUGAAUUUUCUAAAUUACAGUUGAAGGAAAGUAUGAUUCCUAUUACUAGGUCACUUCAAAAGGCUUUGCACCAUUUAUCUCGCCUGAGAGACCUGGUUGAUGAUACCAGUGGGAAACAAUCACCGAAAAUAUGAAGAGGAAAAUAAAACUGUCUAACCAAUAAAUAGUCACCACCAAACAAAAACGUUUUUUUUUUUCUAUUACUUAAACUGCCAAAGUAAUUGUAAGCCAGUAUUAUUCUGUGACUGCUACACGUAUUAUGUAUUGCUAAAAAAACAAACUUGAGAAUGUUCACAGGUUUUGUGACUUACCCUGAUUUUGUGCCAAAGUACAAGAAUCUGAACUGAGAGGACCCACAGAAAUCUGAAAGCCUGACUUUGGACUUCAGGCCCACAAAUGUCUGAUACUCAAAGGUGAAUGAUUUUCUGUUCUUGAAGGUUUACAUGGACUUUACCUUCUUCAGCAUCCUCAUUAUUAUCUGAUUCUGGAUAAUUAAGAAACUCUUCCAGGUUUCUAUCCAAAGUCUCUUAAGUUAAAAGACCUUUUGGUAUGUGUAACAUCUGCAUUUAAGGAGCUUAAAGGGAUACCAAAAUUGUUACAAUGUAUGUUAUCCAUAUAGAAGUCUGUUAAUUUUAAGUCUUCAUAAAUCAAAUAUUUAAGGUAUGUUGUAUUUGCAAAUGACAUCGAUUUAAUAGGGGUGAUGCAGUGCGAAAAGGAAUAUUCUUCUAUGUUGUGGAAUUCAAGAGAACCUCAUUUAAUUAAUGUUUUGAUUAUAUGUAAGGUAAUCUUGAUAAUAUUUGACAGUAUACAAAGUAUUUUGGGAUAUUUGAAAAUUUAAUAUUUUGAUAUUAGAUUAUUUCCCAGAUUUUAGUUUUGGCAUUAGCUCAGGCUAAUAAGAACUAUGAGAGAUAAAUGGCCAAUUGCUUUAUGAAAUUUCAUAAGUAAACUUAAAAAAAAUGGAUAUGGAAAAUCAGAAAGCAAAUCAAUGUUUUAAAGUUAUUUCGUAAGAACUGAGCUUCCUUUAAAAUCAUCAGUCCUGUUCAGAGUUAGUCUCUAGCUGGAACUGAACAGAGCUUUGUAAUUUUGCAAUUUCUACCAAGUGAGCUUCUAAUAAGCAGGAAGCAUGUUUAUCAACAAAACCAAGAAUUAAACCAUAAAGUAUAACUAAUGUUGCAUAUUAAAAAAGCCCGAUGAAAUUAAACAAUUUCUGUAUAUGUCUGCAAAUACUGCAAAUUAACUCUUUACCCAACUACAGCAUUUUUGCUAAGUAAAUUUACUGUCAAGUAGGCAAGAGUUUCAAGUACACUGGGCCAAAUAAUUUGUUUUGUGUAAAUUGCCAAGGCACUAUUUAACACCUUUGUUACAGUACUGACAUGUCAAAGAUUGUAGAGUUAGCCGUCUUUUUUUUAAGUUUUUUUUCUUGACCAGUCAGUUUAUGUCAUCAUACUGUUCUUUUCCCAGUUUGAAAGACAUUUGCCAAUAGGUUUGUUUUGUUUACUCUGUGGAGGCCUUUCUACCACUGACAUUCUAUUUUCUGAUUGUGGUCUUCUGCUUCACAGCAAAUAGUUUGGAUAAUCAAAUAUGGAACUAGUUUCGUGGUUAAAGUAUGGCUGGAUGCUAAAAUACAGGUUUAAAUUGGUCAAGGGUUAGGUGGAUCUGGAUCACAUUCAAGGCAAGUGAAGCAACCAUUAGACAAAUUCUAAAGAAAGCACAGAAGAUAAAGACAGCAGGAAAUAAACUUUCAGUUGUAUAUUAAAUAUAUGUUGAUCAUAUAUAAUACUAACUCUGAUAGUGCAGUGGUUAAAAGCGCUAAGCAACUAGCCAAGAGAUCAGCGGUUUGGACCCACAGGCAGCUCCAUGGGAGAAAGAUGUAGCAAUCUGAUUCCAUAAAGGUUACAGUCUUAGAACCCCUAUAGGGCAGUUCCACUCUGUCCUGCAGGGUCACUGAGUCAGAACUGACUUAACGGCAAUGGGUUUUCUUUUUUUUUCAAUGCCUAGACAGUGUCUCCAAAGGGAUUAUGCUAUAAUGACUCUGAACAGCACUUUGAAUAGUAGUUAGUGCCCUCAUUUCCAAGAACAUAUCUCCAACAUUAAGAUUAGCCUGUUCCAAAAUUUUGUUAUAACUAAUACUUUAAGAAAUUUAAUUAUACUUACCAAAGGAGCAUUAGUAAUUUUUCCUUUUGUGUUAAAUCUGGGAAGGUGUAGUCUUUUUACCCAAAAGAGAAAUUAAUUUUAUCAAAAUGAUUAAUUCCAAAUUUCUUUUUCAAAGAAAUAUAUAGAAGGGAAGAGAGAGUCAACUAAGAAAAUAAAACAUGUAAAUGAUAAAGGCUCAAGAAGUUCUCUAAAGAAUUGGUUUAAUUAUAUAUUAAUUGAUAUUUCAGAGUUUUUUGUUUGUUUUGAGGUUUCCAGGGGAAAAAAGGGAACAACAGUUAGGAAAAUGAACUGAAGCAGAUAAUGAGAGCAAAUAGAUUUUUUUAAAUUGUGAAAAAAUAUAUCAACUCUUUGCUCUCAUUCUUUUAGAUUUAUUGAUAAACGUUAAACAGAAAAAAAUGAAGAAAUUUUAAUAAGAUUUUUUAAAUUUUUAUUGAGUAUGAAAAAAGGUACAACAAAAAAGCCAAGCUCUAGAAAUUAUCUGAGGUCAAGGGAAAAAAUGUGUCGCUGAUAUGUGAAAAUUUAAAACCCAGAUGUACUGCCUUUAUUGUUAAUAAGAGCUCUACUUUCAGGUUUUUCAGUAACAAUUUAUUUCAGCUUCACAGAGAUUUCUGACUAAACUGAGGAACUCUGCUUAUGUUUGUUUUGGGCUAUAUUUCUCUCUAGUUGUGUUAUUUCUUGUAGGAUUUGUAAGUGCAUUUUUUGUUAUUUUGUAUUUAAUGGUUUAUGAUAAUGUCUUAUUAAAAUAUAGUAUAUAGUUAUACCAAAAUAUUGCUUGAAGAUAAAUCAUGACAAGAUUCUUUCUUCCUGUGUUCUAAGUACAUGAGAUCAUGCAUAUAGAUUUGAAUUUUUGUUUCAUUUUUCUUGUCCCACCCUUCUUUUUCUGUAUCUCAAAACGCAUUUGGUGGAAGUGCUAUCAAGAAGUGAACUUGCCAAAAGGCAAGUAACAUGAAAGGAGACAAAAGAAGCAAAAGGCCACUAAAAUUGAUAAUUUCUGACUAACUGAAGUCCCUUCAAUUGUGAAAGUGUGUAUCCCUCUAUUCCAUGUACAGAUUGGAUGUUUCAUACAUGAUUAUAUGCUGUGUUGAGUUGCAGUGCCUGCCAUACAAUGACUGGGGUAAACCUAUGCCUAAACCUGAACACAUUGUUCAGUGGGUUAUAUUGUUAGAUGUUUUUCCUGGAAUAUUUGAAAUUAUUCCUUUCCCACUUUCCCUCUGCUUCUUUUCUUUUAUUCUUUACAUUUAUCUGUCAGUAAGAUCAUUUUCCUUUUUUUGAACAAAGGAAAAAAAACCCAAAACUUAGCAUUUUAUUCUGUAUUGACUUAACCCUAGACCAUACCCUUCUACUCUCACAAAUACAGUAACUUAUAUCCACUCCAUACCUCAACUGGGACUAGUCCAUUUGUUUCCUAAUACCUGUUUCAACCGUAGACAUUCCUCCCUUCUCUAAAUUCUUUACACUGAAGCCAGACUGACCGGUCUUCGCAAGACAGUGUUGUACACCUCAGCUCUAAUGUUACUGAUUUAAUUCAGCAGAUUCACUUUAGCCGAAUGGCUUUACUUGGCUUAUCCUAAACUUUGUAUAUAUAUUCUCACCUUUAUGUAUAUUAUUUUUCAUACUUGAAAUACUCAAUUUUUAUUCUUUUUGCUUAUUUAAAGCUUACUCUGCCAUUUCUCUAAUGCUCUGGCUGAGUCUUACAUUUCCUUUUCUAAACGUUGUAACUCUUUAAACACUGGUAGGUUGGCUUCCCCCCUUCUCUUCCAUUAUUCAUGUAGUUUUAUCUUGUAUUUCUUGUUUUAUUUUGUAGCUAGUGCCUCUUACACCAUACUGUAUCCCAGGGGGGAAUAUGUUUUGUCUCAAAAAAUGUUAGAUCACUGAUUUCUAAUUUGUUUUAUGUCCUUUAUGAUAACACCUUUUACAUUAUAUUGUAUAACCAAGGAAAAGCAAACUGUGUUUUGAAUAGUGUUGAUUGAUGAUUCUAAUCCUGGGUCCUUGUAUAAGGUUGUAAGGUCAAGAUAAAAGAGACCACAUCCCUUUGUCAUGUGAUGUUCUGCAAAUCCUUUUUAAAACAAGGUAAAUUAAACCUAUUUGGGAGAGUUAUUUCUUUUUUUGUUGUUGCAGAUGGUUAUCAAAUAGGAUCAUCAAUUGUUAAGGUAUUGUGGAUGAUUUAACUGUAAGCCUUCUGACUUCUUGAGCUCUCAAAACUUUUAAGAUUUUUGAAUUUUUAAAUGUUUUGGAUUUUAUCAGAUACAUGAUAUAUUUUACAAAUUUAGAAGUAAAUCUAGGAAAAUUAUCAGUGGCUGGUUUUAUAUUGUGUUGCGUCUUUGAGUCUGGCUUUACGGAAACUGUUAGACUGGGUCCAAUCUAGAUACAGAAACCACACAGUGAUUUUGUUGCGUCUUUGAGUCUGGCUUUACGGAAACUGUUAGACUGGGUCCAAUCUAGAUACAGAAACCACACAGUGAUUUUAAAGGAAAGCUUAAUAUUAAAACAAAACAAAACUGUUUUAAACUACGAUAAAAGAGAUAAGGUAUAGAGAACUCUAUAUGAUACCCUACAUCUGAGGGAGAGUACCCAAGGAAGGACAAACCUGUGAAAGCGCUCUCCUCAAGGCUGGGGUUCAGACCUUGUUGGAGAAGGUAUAGCUGCAUCUUACUGAAUAUUAGAGAAGUUCACUGAUUUGCCCAGACCAGAGCUCAUCUUCAGUUACGGGGCAAGCAGGAAGCUACCCUCCUAAAUGCAGGGAAGCUGCAGCUGCUAACUGGGUGUGUAGGCAUGCAGAGGGAAUGGGGGGUGCCAGAACACCUGGAGCCUGAGAUGUUUGUGUUGGGAGUGUUGUGGGAAGGUGAUCACCAGGCCAAGCCAGAUCUGUGAAGUGGUCAAGGAACCAUACAUUCUGGGAGUGUGGCUGGGGCUGAGCAUCACUGGAUAUAUUCACACACCUUCAGAGUGAAUUUGGACCUGAGAGAUAAAUUGGCAAUAGGCACAGAAACCCAUCAGGUUUCUAGGAAGAUUUUGAUAAGAGAGAACAUCACAAGGCAAAUAAAAAAUGCCUCACUGUCCAUCUCUGCCCUUCCUGGUGUGCAACUCAUCUUGCAUAGCUGCAGUCCCUGGGUGGUGCAAAAGGUUAAGUGCUCCACUACUAACUGACAAGUUGGCAGUUUGAAUCCACCCAGAAGUGCCUAGGAAGAAAGGCCUGGUGAUCUGCUUCUGAAAGUUCGCAGCCUUGAAAACCCCAUGGCGUGCAGUUCUACUUUGCACACAUGGGGUCUUCAUGAGUCAGAAGUCAACUUGAUGGCGGCCAUUUUUGUUUGUUUGUUUAUGCAUGGCCAGUCAAACCAAGAAAUUUGGGUAAAUAAGGUAGAAAAAUGUCAGGUCCUUUAGAAAACUAAGGCACAAUGAAAAACCUUGGGCCAAUAUUUUAAAAAUCUAAUAAAUUUGAUAACUUUGUAAGAGAAUAUAGCUCAUGAACUAGAAAGCUGGGUAUUUUAAGUGUCCUGGAGUUAAUGGUACUCUAAAUCAGAGACCAGAAUAUAGUGCAUUCAUCCUGUUACUUUUCAUCUAGAUGGCCAUAUAGCUCCUUUAUGAACGUUUCUCGAACGAGAGAAUUUCCUGCAAUUGAACACUUAGUUUUCCUUGCUUCGGUUAAGCCAUGAUUUCCUUUACCGUUUCUUCCACAUGUUGAUCUUCUUUCUGCCCUUCAGGACAAUCUCGUAUGCACAUUCAGUCUUUCUAUAUUGAAACCAACAAAAUUAAUGUUUCUUUUAUCCUUCCCUUCAACCUAAGUGUUCUAGUUUCUAAAUUAUUUCUUUGGAUAAAGUUUUAUGUUUCUUCGCCAUCAUCGUCUCCCUUUUCUAGGUGCUGUCUAGCUUUCAGUGUUCCUUUAAAAACAUGGCACCCGACAUCCAAGAUGCACAGAGUAGAAUGGGAGAGCUCUGCAUUUGAUUCUUUAAUAACUUAGUACUUCAUCCAGCCAGCAUUUAUUUGGCUGCCGGCACUGUGCUAGGGGUGUGUGUAUGUGUGUAUCUGUGUAUGAAAGACAGCGAGAGAGAAGGGGAGGGGAGUGCAGGGGUAGGAGAGGUGAUGAUAAAUAGGAAGGCAUGAUUCUACCAUGAGGAAUUCAGUGGUGGAAAAUAUAUAUAUAAAUAGAUAAAAAUUAGACUACAACCAGGUAAGUACUGCUUCAGAGAAAUGAAGAUGAAACAACUGCUAUAAUGAAGCACAGAAGAUGGAACAAUGAAGUAGCCUGGGAAAAGUCUGGAAAGAUUUCACGUCGGAGGGGAUACUUGAAUUGGUCUAUAAAAAUGAACAGAUAUUUGCCAUCAAAGAAAUUGGAUGGAAAGAUAUUUAUUCCUUCUAGGCCAAGUGUGUAUGUACAAAGACUGGAAUGGUAGGAGGGUCUGAUACAGACUCUAGUGAAGCAGAAAGGUAUGUUGGGCUUUAGAAACUUGGGCUUCGGGCAGACUUGUUUUGUGAUUUCACCACUUAUUAGCUCUUUGUUGUGGGUAAGCUACUUGACCCUACCCUAGCCUUUUUCGUUUUCUCCCCUUUGUAAUAUCUACCUUGCAGUUUUGUUUUGCAGAUUAAAUAAGAUAAGGUAUGCCUGCCAUACGUGAUCUCAGCAAAUAUUAGCUGAGAUGGAAAUAUAUUUAGUUGGAGGAGAUGCCAGGGAUAAGACAUAAGGCUGCUUCCACCCUUAUGCUUCCUCUUUCUGUUCUCCACACUAAAGAAUAACCCUUUAAAAAAAUGUCAGAUUGUGUUGCACCUCUUCUCAAAAUUUCCAGCGACUUUCUACUUCAGAGUAAAAUGCGAAGUUCUUUCCAUAACCUAAAAAAGCCCUAUGUGAUAUACUUACACCUCUCACUCCUUCCCAGCACCUCCCCCCACCACCCAAAUUUCUUACCACUCCAUUUGCUCUGUGAUUAAUCCACACUGAUUCUCUUCAGCUAGCUAGAAGAAUGCUUUUGUCUCCAGGUCUUUGCACUGCUGUUUUCUCUGUCUGGAUAGCCUUUCUCCAAAUACCCCACGCAUGAUUCCCUUCCUCACUUCCUUCAGCUGUUUGGUCGGUUGUCACUCUAUCAGACAGGUCUGCCUUGAUCACCACCACCCCGCACCGUGUUCCUCUUUGCCAUUUUUCUUCCCUUAAUACUGAGGGCUGUGGCUUUGUCUUAUUUGCUGCUGCAUCCCGCAAAACUAGAGUAGUGCCUGGCAGUAAAGUGCUCCAUAAGUGUUUGUUCUCUGAAUAAAUGAAGCUGACAAAGUGAUUUGGGGUUGUAUUACUUUCCUAGGGCUACCUAACAAAGUACCUCAAAGUGAGUGACUUAAAACAAUAAAAAUUUAUUAUCUCAGUUCUGGAGGCUAGAAGUGCAAAUUCAGGGUGACAUUAGAGCCAUGCUCUUUUCUGAAGUCUCAGGGGAAGAUCCUUUCUUGUCCUAGCUUCUGGUAGCUGCAGGUGUUCGUUGGCUUGCAGCAUAACUCCAUCUCUGUCUCCAUCUACGUGACCGUCUUCCUUCUGUCUGUGUCUCUUACCCUCAUUUAUAAGGACACCACUCAUUGGAUUAGGACCUAUCCUACUCUGUGUGACCUUAUAUUAACUGAUAAAAUCUUCAAAGAUCCUAUUUACAGACAAGGUCACACUCACAGGUACUAGGCGUUAGGACUUAAACAUUUUUUGGAGAGGCACAAUUCAAUCCAUAACAGGGACCCAUCUGAGGCAUUUGAUAUGCUCAGUUAAAAGAGUUGUAUUUUAUAUUGUAGACAAAAGGAGGGAACCAACUUUUUUAUAAAGCCUAAAUGAAUAUUAUUUAAUUUUUGUUAGUCCCUAUAUUGAUUUGUGUUUAUAAUCAAGUAGAACUUUUUUUUUUCCAGGUAUUAAAACCAUUUCCCUUCUUUUCUGUGCCAUUACUUUAAAGCUGACCAUGGCAACAAUGCAUUAUAUAGUAAUUUUUUUAGGUAAUAAAGAAAUGUAGGCCAGUAUAGUUUUUGUUCAGAGGUAGAGGGCUACUCUUACUAAGGUUUCUAUCAAGUUUCGAUGUAAAAUAAGUUCUAAGAAUAUAAAUUUGAGUGUAUUUAUAAUUUGAUUUUAGAAGGCUGUUGAUUUGUCUUAGGUUGCAGUAAAAAAAAAAAACCCAUUGCCGUCGAGUUGAUUUCCGACUCAUAGCGACCCUAUAGGACAGAGUAGGACUGCCCCAUAGAAUUUCACCAAGGAGCGCCUGGCAGAUUUGAACUGCCGACCUUUAGGUUAGCAAUCGUAGCACUUAACCACUAUGCCACUAGGUUGCAGUAGUAGGUAAUAUUUGAUUUACUUGGGUUUGGACAAGAAUAGAAGAAUAGAAGAGGAGGACACAAAUGAGCACAAAGACAUCCCUCCCGAGAGGAGGUCCAGAAGCACUGAUGAUGCUGAAAGGAACAUGGUGGUGCCCCUGACAAACUAAUAAUUCAGCACCUCUUCAGGUCAUUUCAGUAUUCAACAAUUUAUUUUAGAGGAAUCUGGGGGAAACUUAGAAAGAUUGUUUUGAGAAACAAAUUAUUAUAAAUCAAAGCAGAGUCAGUAUUUUAAAAUGAGCAAAAUGUAGCAAAUGUUCCCCAAGUUUUCCGUAGUACUGUUCUUUGUGGGCACAUUCUGAAUCGGAUUUUUUUAGGAGGAUUUAAAAUGUAGAUAAGUCAUCUUCCCCUUAAUAGCUGGGGUAUCUUGGGCAAGUUGACUAACGGUAACUACUUCACACAGUUGUAAGGAUUAAAUGAAGCAAUGUUUGUCACAUGCUUGCUUAGUACAGUGCCUGUCAUAAAAUGCUGAGUGUUAGCUCUCACUUGUAAACAGAAGUAUGCCAGUUCAUGGUUCAGGGUUUCAGCUGAUUAUAAAUGCUUUCUGCCUCUCUGCUGCCUGUGUCUUUAUGGAUGGUUUGCAAAAACAUAUGUACCCAAACCCAUUGCCAUCCAGUCGAUUCCGACUCAUAGUGACCCUAUAGGACAGGGUAGAACUGCCCCAUAGAGUUUCCAAGGAGCGCCUGAUGGAAUCGAACUGCUGACCUUUUGGUUAGCAGUGAUAGCACUUAACCACUACGGCCAACAGUGUUUCUAAAACAUAUAUACCAAACCAAAUAUAUAUACCCAAAAAACCCCAAACCCAAUGC